AAUAAUGAGAUAAAGAGUUAUCACGUUGAUUGUAAUCGAUCUAUCGAUUCCACAUAUCCAAAAGUGUAACUGACGCAUAUUCAUUCGUUUUUAGUAAUUCGUUGAAUGCAAUUAACUGCUACGUUGAAUACAAGAAAAUCAUUAUUGCAAGUUGAGUUAUGGCGUUUCAUAAUAAGAAAUACGUCGGAUUAUGUGAUAUUCUCCAGAUAGCUUUUGGAGCGGUCUUAUUAGUUUGUCUCACAAAGUCACAGGAUGGUGCAGCAAAAAAAGUUGUAAUUUGUUACUACGAUGCAACUGCUUACUGGAGACAAGGUGCUGGUCGUUUUCAGGCUGGAGACAUUGACCCGUCCAUUUGUUCACACAUUAUUUAUUCCUUCGUUGGGAUGAAGGAAUCCACCAGUAGAAUUUACAGUCGUGACCCAGGGCUUGACCUGGCACCGGGUGAGGAAGAGCCAGAUCCAGAUGACGAGGUCAACUAUCAGGGGGAUUUGGACAUGCUAAGAAAAACUGUAAGGCUACGCGACGAAGGAAAUUCCGAUCUCAAAAUCUUAAUGGCCGUUGGCGGUCCUCAACAAAGCCAACAAAGUUUUUCAAUCAUGGCCGCAGAUGCGGAACGACGACGACAAUUUGUUGAAAGCGCGGUGGAGUACAUUACACGGUUCAAUUUGGAUGGUUUGGAUUUGUACUGGCUUUAUCCUGCCGUGGAGGCAGACAAACAAAACUUUGUUCAAAUUAUGAAGGAAUUGAAAGAAGCUCUCGAUGCACUUUCCUCCACAACUGGGAAAGAUUACACUCUGACGGCAGCCCUAGGGUGCACCAAGGAAAUCAUCGAUACCGGAUACAGUCUGGUGGAGUUGGCUCGAUAUGUGGAUUACUUCAACCUCUUGUGCUUUGACUUUAAAAUGUUUUCCAAUGAAUCCGAAUCUACCAUGAAGAUUGGGCAUCACAGCUCACUUCACUUUAAAGAAUCAGAGUCUCCUUCGGAUCAACAGCUCACGGUGGCUUUUGGAGUCAAGUACUUUCUCCAGCUGAAUGCCCCCCCGGAAAAGCUGGUUCUUGGAGUUGCUGCUCACGCGAACACGUACAAACUGACAUCGAGCACCAGAAACAACUUUUACGACGUUGCCGCAGGACCGGGGCCUGCAGGAGAGUUUACAGGUCGAGAGGGAUUUCUUGCGUACUUUGAGAUAUGCGCCAUGAUCAAACAGAGUCCGAACAACUGGUUAUUUAGAUACGACUAUGACUAUCGCAUCCCAUACUUGAGCAAGGAACUAAUCUUCAUUGGCUAUGAAAAUGAAGUUAGCGUUCAAGAAAAGGUUGAUUUUGCCGUGGACGAAAAUCUUGGUGGGCUGAUGGUGAAAUCCAUUGACCUGGACGACUCCCGCAAUAUUUGCGGAGCUUGGUAUUCUUUCCCCAUCACAUCGUCAAUCUUCGACCGUUUGCAAUUUUGGGAGACGAAUUCCAAAGUUUAGAUAAUAGUUAUUACAUAUUUUUCGAGGCAUUACAGAUACAUGUUUCUUGCGUAAGAGAUUAUUGGGACCUCCAGAAAUAAAUGAAUUUAUACGUAUACACAAAA